AUGCCCACGAUGUGCCUAUUGAACCCGGUGCUGGCGGGCAGCGCUCUGCUUGCUGUCUGCGGGCUGUUGAUAUUGCUGCGCUCCAGACCCGACGCGUACGGCAAACAGGCUGAGCGCUUGUUGCCCUUGGCCACCAGGUUGCCAGCCCGCGCAGCCUGGUUCCUCCAGGAACUCCCCUCUUUCGUGGUGCCCAUUGGGCUGCUCGCUUGGCAACCCCACCCGCUCUUCGGCCCGCCGGGGACCUUACUGCUUGGCCUCUUCUGUGGACAUUACUUUCACAGGACAUUCAUUUAUGCCUUUCUCACCAGAGGAAGUCCCUUUCCACUCACAAUACUUUUUCAUGCCCUUAUCUUCUGUACUCUGAAUGGCUUCCUCCAAGGAUACUAUUUAAUUUACUGUGCUGAAUACCCUGAUGAAUGGUUCACUGAUGUCCGAUUUACUUCAGGUAUUCUCUUAUUUUUCUUGGGAAUGGCAAUCAAUAUUCACAGUGAUUAUUUACUGCGCCAACUCAGAAAACCUGGAGAAAUCUCCUAUAAGAUUCCACAAGGAGGAUUAUUCACUUACAUAUCUGGAGCCAAUUAUUUUGGUGAGAUUGUGGAAUGGAUUGGCUAUGCCAUGGCAACCUGGUCCUUCCCAGGCUUAGCAUUUGCCUUUUUCUCAUCAUGUUUCCUUGGAAAACGAGCUUAUCACCAUCACAGGUUCUAUCUCAAGAAGUUUCAAGACUACCCUAAGUCUCGGAAAGCCUUGAUUCCUUUCAUAUUUUAAAAUCACAGAUGAUAGAAUAGAAUGGAAGACUUUCA